ACAAUAAUAAUGGGCUAACCCAAAGUAAGCUCUAGAGUAGCACACUUUCCUCUUCUUCCAUUCCUUCAUUACCCUUUUCCUUUUCUCUUCUUGCUCUUUUACUGGGUUUGGCUGUCCGAAAAACUUCCCAAAAGAUCUACCAAAGAUUGUACUCUUGCUUAAACUUUCAUACCAGCUUCAAUCAAUCAAUCACCAAGUUGGGAGUUUGUUCUACCAUUUUCUCUCUCAUCCUCCAACUUAGAGAUCUAACUAGAAGCUUUUUGGGGGUAAUCGAGUUCAAACCCUAGUUAGCUGAGCUUUGCUGAAAAAUGGGUUUUUUGUUGGAGUGAAGUUUUCACCAUUUUUAGAGGUUGUUGAGUUGCUGAAGAAGCUUCAUUUUUCUGGGUUUUUGAUUUUGGUGGGUGGGAGUGAAAGAUCUGAGGCGCAUGAAGCAGAGAAGGGUGGAUUUUUGCAGUGGAACUGGGUUUGGUUGAAAUCAUUUUAUUGCCCUUUUUUGGGGAAUUUUAGGUGGGUUUUUGGAGGGGGGGGUGGGGGUGGUGGAGGGAAGAAUUUAGUUUUUUUUUUUAUUAUUUUUAUUUUUUUUUUCAAAAAAUUUCCCCUAUUUUUUGGGUUUUUUUUGAUUGAUUUUGCAAAAUGAGGUUGUCACCUUCAGCUUUCCCUCAUCAACCUGAGGAAGGCGAGAAGAAAGUUUUGAAUUCAGAACUAUGGCAUGCAUGCGCUGGUCCUUUAGUCUCCUUGCCCCCUGUGGGAAGCCGUGUUGUAUAUUUUCCUCAGGGUCAUAGUGAGCAGGUUGCAGCUUCAACUAACAAAGAAGUAGAUGCUCAUAUUCCUAAUUAUCCUAGCUUGCCUGCCCAACUUAUUUGUCAGCUUCAUGAUGUGACCAUGCAUGCAGAUGUGGAGACAGAUGAAGUAUAUGCUCAGAUGACCUUGCAACCCUUGACUCUGCAAGAGCAAAAAGAUGUCUGUCUCCUACCUGCAGAAUUGGGCACUCCCAGCAAACAGCCAACUAAUUAUUUCUGUAAAACAUUGACUGCAAGUGACACUAGUACUCAUGGAGGAUUUUCUGUUCCUCGUAGGGCAGCUGAAAAAGUCUUUCCUCCCCUUGAUUACACCCAGCAACCUCCUGCUCAAGAAUUGAUUGCUAGGGAUCUGCAUGAUAAUGAGUGGAAAUUUAGACACAUCUUUCGGGGGCAGCCUAAGAGGCACCUUCUUACCACUGGAUGGAGUGUCUUUGUCAGCGCUAAAAGACUAGUUGCUGGGGAUUCUGUCAUCUUCAUUUGGAAUGAGAAGAAUCAGUUACUCCUUGGCAUUCGGCGUGCUAAUCGUCCACAAACUGUGAUGCCUUCAUCAGUAUUAUCAAGUGAUAGCAUGCAUAUAGGUCUUCUUGCUGCAGCGGCUCACGCAGCUUCUACAAACAGCCGUUUCACUGUAUUUUUUAAUCCCAGGGCUAGCCCUUCUGAAUUUGUGGUUCCGUUAGCGAAGUAUGUCAAAGCUGUCUACCAUACCCGUGUCUCUGUCGGCAUGCGAUUUCGGAUGCUGUUUGAAACAGAAGAAUCAAGUGUUCGCAGGUAUAUGGGCACAAUUACGGGGAUUAGUGACUUGGAUCCUGUUCGUUGGCCAAACUCCCAUUGGCGUUCAGUGAAGGUUGGCUGGGAUGAGUCCACUGCUGGAGAAAGGCAGCCCCGGGUCUCUUUAUGGGAGAUUGAACCUUUGACUACGUUUCCUAUGUAUCCCUCUCCAUUUCCACUAAGACUGAAGCGUCCAUGGCCAUCUGGUCUGCCAUCCUUUCCAGUUUUGAAGGAUGGUGACAUGGGCCUCAAUUCUCCGCUUAUGUGGCUCCAGAGAGAGGUUGGAGAUCGUUGCAUGUCAUCCUUAAAUUUCCAAGGUUAUGGGCUCACACCCUGGAUGCAACCAAGGCUGGACCCUGCUAUGUUGGGCCUACAACCUGAUAUAUUUCAAACAAUGGCAUCUGCUGCUUUACAAGAUCCACGGGGCUUGGAGAAGCGUCCUAACCAAUCUCUUCUCCAAUUCCAGCCAAAUCAAAAUGUGUCUUGCCAGCAGUCAUCUCUAACAAAUCAUUUGUUGCAGCAAGCUCAAUCACAGCAGAACUUAGUCCCAAACUUUCAAGAAAACCAAAAUGUGACUCACAAUCAAGUUCAAGGUCAGCUCCUGCAGCAACAACUGCAAAAUUCCCGUGCAUAUGAUAACCAUCAGCAGCAGCAGCAGCAGCAGCAGCAGCAGCAUCAGCAACAGCAACAGCAACAGCAUCAGCAGCAGCAACAACAACAGCAGCUUCCACACUUUGAGCAACUACGAAGUCAGUUUUCUGAUCAACAAAUUCCAAAGGUUAUUGGCAACAGCAAGUCUCCUUCGUUUGGGUCAUCAACUCAGGCCUUGCCUACAUCCUUGGAAGCAAUUUCUUCUGCAUGCUCGCAGCAAAUGUUCUCGAACUCGAUCAUGAACUCUGUUACUGCAGCUGGCAUUUCUCCGAUGCAUAGUUUAUUGAAUUCAUUCUCACACGAUGGGGGAUCCCGACAAAUUAAUCUACCCAACUCUAACCCUUUGGUAUCUUCUACUCCCUUAUUAUCGAAGCGAGUUGUAGUUGAACCUCCUCAGCUUUCUUCUAGUACUGCCCCGUGCUCGUUGCCUCAAGUUGAAGAGUUAGGAGGGCCACAAACUAGGAUUUCUGAUCUCUCUUCUUUGUUACCACCUUUGCCCGGUAGGGAAUUUUCUAUCUACCAAGGGAUUGGUGAUACACAGAACAAUAUGUUAUUUGGGGUGAAUGCUCAGCAGAAUGAGCUGGUGAACCUCAGAAGUAGUAACAAUGAGAAUGACUCAUUGUCCAUGCCAUUUGCUUGUUCCAGUUUUCCAAGUGCUGCUGGGACUGAUUUUUCACCUGCUUCUGAUAUGAUGACUGCUAGUUGUGUUGAUGAAUCAGGGUUCUUGCAGUCAUCGGAAAAUGAUGAUCAAGCGAACCCACCUAGUGGAACCUUUGUAAAGGUUCAGAAAUCGGGGUCCCUUGGGCGAUCACUGGAUAUAUCUAAAUUUAGCAGUUAUCAUGAACUGCGCAGUGAACUUGCUCAUUUGUUUGGCUUAGAAGGCCAACUGGAGGAUCCCCUGAGAUCAGGCUGGCAGCUUGUAUUUGUUGACCGUGAGAAUGACGUUCUCCUGCUUGGUGAUGACCCCUGGCAGGAGUUCGUAAACAAUGUGUGGUACAUCAAGAUCCUAUCCCCUCAAGAAGUGCAGCAGAUGGGCAAAGAUGGCCUUGAAUUUCCAAAUUCGAUAAGGCCCAAGCACCAAAACAGCUUCAACAGCUGUGAUGACUACACACUUCAACAGGACUUGAGACAUAAUAGCAAUGGGAUGGCAUCUGUAACCUCUCUUGAUUACUGAUGACUGGUGCCAAUUGCUGAGGAUGUACGACCUAUAUGAAAACCAUCGAGCUCGGAUAAGGUGGCUUACAAGCAGAUGCCUAAAAUGUGUAUCUUCGCCCUUAGCCCGGAACUCCCUAUUUCAUUAUCCAACUGGGCUUAUGUGGAAUCGAACUGAAUGUUUAUCAGCUAAUUUUAAGGUAAUAGCGCAUAACGCGACUGGCAGAACAUUGUAAAUUAUCCUGUGUGAUGUCCCUGAACUGUACUGUUGGGCGAGUCACGCGACUUCCUCUCUGCAGGGCAGUAUUGCAGAUGUAACUUCAACACUUCCAUCAUUGUAUUAUUGUUGUAGCUAGUAUGUUUGUUGUCAGAAGCUUAAUUAAUAUUUGCAGGUGCUUAUUGUCAGAGAAUCACCUGCUCCAUUAAAAGCUUCCAUAUAUUAUAUUCA